AACACGGAAUUGUACAACCAAAACACUCAUAAACUUCGCAAAAUUAUUCCGAACUCGUUGUCCCAGAAAAUGGAGCACGGAUAUGCUAAUAGAAUUCUUGAGGAAAAACAUUUCGAUAUCCUCUGUGAACAAGAAAUAGACGGUCAAGUCUUCCAAAGAAAGAUGGCUUCAAAGCAGGAAGUCUUAGCGAAGUACAACAUCAGCGGACAGCGUAACAAGCAUUUCGUUACUCCAGCUAGAUUUGCGAAUCCUUCAAUGUGUCAAGGAAAUAACGCAGAUUCAGCCAACAUAGGCACGGUUGCCGACAGCAACGAAGCUAUGUGCAAUUCAUACAUUGAAACAACCUUGCAUACGGCAUUCCACCUCAUCAGAAUGCCACCUCUCAAUGGUCCACAAAUCGAAGUCGUUGGCGGGUAUGCUACAGGACGGGUAGAUUGA